CUCGUCUUUCUCGCUCUCUGUCUGAGGGGAGGGCUGUGUGUGUGGGCUUAUUGAGUGAGUGCAGCAUUUCCCGCUCACUCAGUUCCUGUUGGGUGCUGAGGGACAGUUCUGCCGAAGACCAUGAGGAGUUUAUCGGGACUGAGUUUGGUGGAAAAAGUCUGAUCACACUGAACGGUGUGGAAACACAGGCUACACGCCCAGGUGAACAGUCCUCUGUCUGAUCUCGGAGAUGUUCCAGGGGUUCUGCAGGAUCUGUUUGAGGAGGUGGAAGCUGCAGACAGCAGCUUUAUUAAUUACUGGAACUUUGUGCUUGAUCCUACUGGUGAGAACAUAUCUCCAGGACAUGAAUCAAGAUGAGCUUGCAUCAGAAUAUGAAUGGAAUCUGGAAAGCGAAGCUGGGAUGCCUCAAGCUUUUCCAAGUUUACCUCCCAAAUGUGAACAGAACUCAUCUGCUUCCAAUAUUAGUGGAUUUUCCUCCUUGCCCAAACACAUUCAAGACUUCCUGUAUUACCGCCAUUGUCGCCAUUUCCCAAUGUUGCUCAACGUUCCUGACAAGUGUGGGGGUCCCAAGAAGUCUUCAGACGUGUUUCUUUUGUUGGUCAUCAAGAGUUCUCCACCUAAUUACGACAGACGGGAGGUGUUGAGGAAAACAUGGGCUACUGAGAGGCUGCAGAACGGCGUCUGGAUUCGUACCGUGUUUAUAGCCGGGACUGCUGGACAGAGCUUUGAGAAGCAGAGGCUGAACAAACUCCUGGAAGUGGAAAACCAUGAACACAAGGACAUUCUGCAGUGGGACUUUCAUGAUUCCUUCUUCAACCUCACACUCAAGCAGAUCCUUUUCCUGGAAUGGAUGGAGAAAUUUUGCCCCAACGCCCACUUCCUGCUCAACGGGGAUGAUGACAUUUUCGCCAACACAGAUAACAUGGUGGUGUAUCUCCAAGGGUUGGGUGGUGAUGGUGCCAACAAACACUUAUUUGUUGGCCACCUAAUCCAGUAUGUUGGCCCAAUCAGGAAUGUGGCCAGCAAAUAUUAUGUCCCGGUCCAAGUGCAGGAAUCUAAUAGGUAUCCUCCCUAUUGUGGCGGAGGAGGCUUCCUGCUUUCACGUUUUACUGCCAGGACCAUCUAUAAUAUGUCUCACUCCAUCAAUAUUCUGCCAAUAGAUGAUGUUUACAUGGGAAUGUGUCUGGAGAAAGCUGGGCUGAAACCCUCGUCCCACAUGGGCGUUCGGACAGCCGGCCUACACAUUCCCUCGAAAGCGCUGGACCCUUAUGACCCUUGCUAUUACAGUGAAAUGAUCCUAGUUCACAGAUUCCUGCCUCAUCAAAUUUACAUCAUGUGGUACGAAGUCCACCAGCAAGAUCUCAAAUGUGGAAAGACGUUCAGAGCUCUUUAACCUGGGACCCCUGUAUUUAUUUAAAGGGCAUUUUCAUCCAUGGUGGCAUACAGUAUGAUGGUGUACACCUGUGCCUGGGCUGUAGGAUACAGACCAAAAAUGUUCAGUAAAGGAGGAAUAUCUCAGUGAUGAAAACAUCUAUAACACACACACACACACACACACACACACACACACACACACACACACACACACACACACACAAUAAGGCUGACAAACAGUCAGCAUUCCCUGAAUAGCUUUUUCUAUAAAGGCUACAAAAACAAAUACUAAUAACAUAUUUAGCUGCUUAUGGUGAUGCACGUUUGUUGUAACCGUGGCCUUUACUACUCAUUUCAUAUACAACACUUGGAGUGACAAUAGUCAUGUUCAGGUAAGUAUUUCCUAUCAGGAUAGUAAUAAAAAUGUAUCCUGCAGGCCUGCAUACAUGUGCUCACUGGAAACCACAGUUGACACUGCCUGGAACACUACAGCGUAUCAUACUGAAUCAGUUGAGCUCUCGAUUUUUGUAUGGCACUUGGGCAGUAAACUGAUUUUGUACUGUGCAUAUUGCAUAAGAUUCAGGGUUAUUUUAUUAUUUGAUUAUUUUGUUGGUUUCUGUGGUUUUGGGUGGCUGUUUCAACAAUGCGGGAAAUAUUGUUUAAAGUUAACAUCAGUGUCAUAUCAUGAAAAAUGUUACUGAAACUUGAAACCUGUUUCUGUCUUUGUGAAAUCAAUUUUUCUUUAUUCCUUGUGUCAGUUUUACCAUGAAAAUAAACUUACAAGAUGUUCUCACAGCAAACAAA